CGUCCCGCCAGGCGGGGCGGCUUCCGUCCUUCGCCGCCUCGCGACCCACCUGAACGCAGCGCCGAUGGCGGCCGGGGAGGCGCCGGGCGCUGAGCGCCUCUCGCAGCUGGCGGAAAAUCUGCUGUAUCGGCUGCAGGAGAAUUUUCAAGCUCUGACGGAAAGGAUAACGCUGAGAAUGGAAGAAAUGGGUGAGCGCAUCAGUGACCUUGAGAAGCACGUUGCUGACCUAAUGGCAGAGGCUGGAAUAGAGAACACUGAUGAUGGAUUGAGACACUGAAAUAAGCAUGUGAGCGAGAAAGAUAAGGGGAGAACAGCUCUGCACUGACUCGUGUCAUCGCUUACAGUCAGCAUCUCUACUCACAAAAACCAUCAGUGAAAACAAAUACACUUGCAUCACGUCGUGAUAGAAUCUCCAUUUUUCUUUUCCUUUGAAUUAUUGUCCCAGGAAAGGAGUAGAAAGCUAGGUUUAUUCAUGUAAAUGGGACACUAUUUCCUAUAAUUGGGAAUAAACCAUUAGUCUCAGGGGAGGAAAAAAAAUACGGAUAAAAAACUGUCCGAUACAGUAGUGAGCUUACCCGGUCACAAACUUUUUCAAUGUAACAAGUGUAUUUCAUAUUACUGACAUUAAAAUUUCCAUCACA